AUGAGCAAAGUGAUUGUGAAACAAGAAUUGAUAAUGAUUCUGAUGAUGAAGAUAUGGGGUUAUUCGUCAAAAUGUACAAUAGAUACAUAUGGGAAAAUGGAGUUAAACACUCCAACCCUGAUGAUAAAGAGAUUGGGUUUUUUUGUCAAAAGAUACCAAAGUUAUAUAAGGAAGAAUGGAGUCAAGCACUCCGACAAGAACUUAACCAAGUUUGGAAGGGUUGCAAAAGCCUCAAGAGAAGAUGAGAACAAGAAAGGUAAACUUAGAAGUUUGUGCUAUAAUUAUGGAGAAUUUGGUCACUAUAGACUAGAAUUUCCUAAGAUUAAGAAAAAGAAAAAAGAGAAAGGGCAUCACAAUAAGUCUAGCAAGUCUAGAAGAGCAUAUGGUACUUGGGAGAGUGCAAGUGAUUCCUCAAGUGAUGAAAGCUCCACUUCAAGUGUAGAAUCGACCUGGAUUUGCCUCAAGGAAAAUAGAAAGAAGAAGAAAAAUGUAAGUCUUUAUAAGCUUGAAACUAUUAAUUACUUAUCUUAUCUUAAAUUACAAAAAGCCUUUGAAUAUCUUCAUAGAAAGGCCUUAAAAGCUUUUAAAAAAUUAGCUUCACAUGAAAAAUUCUUUUUACACUUAGAAGAUAAAAUGUUAGAAUUCAAAAGGAAGUUAGAAGCUAUUAAGAGAUCUACGAUAGAUAUUCAAAGUGACAAUAAUGAAGAUGAAAAACCUUCAAAGUUUGGUUGUGAAUCUUAUCAUGAUUGGAAAAAAGAGAUAAAUGCUCUUCAAGUCAAAUUAGACAAAGUCUUACAACCAAAGAUUGCAUUUACUAUUGAUCCAUCAAAGUAUGAAGGGUCUUUAAACCAUGUAUAUCUUCACAAGAUAUUCUUAAAGAAACAGAAAAAAGCAAUUGAUCAUCCUAAAGCGGUGGAACAUGAGAAAGAAGAAGAUAACAAUUGCGAAAAGGGGAAGGGUCUGAUGAGCAUCAAAGAAAAUAGGGAUCAAAAGAAAGAUAAACGGAGCGAAAAUGACAUUUUGGAGAAAUCUCCAGUUGGAGGAAAAGUAGAUAAUGAUGAUAUUGUAAAUGAGGAGGAAGAAUUGUUUGAUAAAAUGUUUAAAAAAGUAAUUAGUAGGGAUGUUGAGAUGAAGGAAGUUGAGUUGAAGGAAGCUGAGUUAAGGGAAAUUGAGUUCAAGGAAGCUAAGUUAAAGGAAGCUGAUGAUGUUCAAAUGGCUGGUGAUGUCAAUGUUGGUGUGGAAAACCAUUAUGAUGUGCAUAUGGGUGGUGAGGUGCAUGAUGAUGAUGACUCUGAUGAGUAUGCUGGUUUUAAGGAAAAUGAAAUUGAUAAUGUAAUUGCCUAUGAACAGGAUGAAGAGGGAACAAUAAAAAAACAUAAAUAA